AUGAGAGGGCUUAACAGAGCCCAGAUCGCACUGCGACAGUGCACACACGAUGGAGUUGUCCUCUGCUCGAGGACAACCGUCUCGGCCAGAACAGUCGCCGCCGUGGCCACGAGCUCCCCUGCCCGCCCCACGAUCCUGCCGCGCACACGGUUCACCCCCUCAAGAUGCUUCUCCCAGACCGCCGUGCUGGACGGCAAGAAGAGCAAGGAGAAGAGGGCCAACAAGCGAUCAGCAGCGCGGGAGGAGGAGAGGGGCGCCGAGGAGGAUGAGGACGGCGAGGCAGCAGCAGCGCCGUCGCGGGGCCGCGCCAAGGAGAAGGCAGCGCAGCAAGCCGAGAACGCCUUCGACCUCGACGCCGCCCUGGACCUGUCCGACGUCGAGGCCGACUACGCGCGCGUGGACGAGCGCUUCGACAAGCGGCUGCACGAGUUCAGGGUCGGCGGGCGCUUCAACCCGGACGUGCUGGGCCAGCUGCGCGUGCGGCCCGACCGCGAGUCGCCGCAGACCUGGCCGCUGCGCGAGCUGGCCCAGGUCGUCCACCGCGGCGGCCGCAGCGUCUCCAUCCUCGUCAGCGACGCCGAGUACGUCAAGCCCGUCAUGUCCGCCGUCCAGAACAGCCCCGACUUCAACCAGCAGCCCCAGCGCGACCCGGACAACGACCUCGAGCUCACCCUGCGCGUCGAGCCCGAGAACCCCGACGAGCAGCUGCGCCGCCUCCGCGCAGAGAUCACCGCCUGGCGCGACGCCAUCCGCGCCGUCAUGGCCGCCAGGAAGCUGAAACACGCCGCCUGGCGCAAGGACAACCACAUUACCAAGGACGACGCCAAGGCCCUCGACAAGAAGGUCAAGGAGCUGCAGGACAAGAAGAUCGAGCACAUCGACCGCGCCCAGAAGCAGAUCGUCGCCCAGAUGGAGAAGAGGCAGACGCGGCUGUAG